AUGUCCCUCCCCAACGCUUUCGUCACCCUCCUCACCACCUCCGCCUACCUCCCCGGCGCCCUCGUCCUCCUCCACGCCCUCCGAGACCUCCACCCCGGACCUCGAAACUUUAAAAUCGUCGCUCUCGUGACACCCGAAACGGUCGACGCCAAAACCAUCGGAGAGCUUCGGAAGGCGGGAUAUGAUCUUGUCAUUGGUGUCGAGCCUAUCGGUAGUGGAAGAGCCGGAAGCAGUGCUCUCAAUCUGAUGGCAGGCCGUCCGGAUCUGAACUUUGCCCUCACAAAGAUCCAUCUCUUCCGCCUCUACCCCUUCUUCUCCACCCUCAUCUACCUCGACGCCGACGUCCUCCCCAUCCGUCCCCUAGACCACCUCUUUGAAUCCACCCACCCCCACGUCCUCUCGGCGUGCCCCGAUACCGGCUGGCCAGACUGCUUCAACUCGGGCGUCAUGGUCGUGCGACCCCGUGAAACUGACUGGGAAGGACUGCGCGGGCUGUUGAAGGAUGGGGAGGCGGAAGAUGGGAUAUAUAGGGAGGGGAAUGGGAGUUUUGAUGGGGCGGAUCAGGGGCUUCUGAAUGAGUGGUUUUCGGAGGAAGGGGGUGGGGGUGAUUGGCAUCGGCUGCCAUUCACGUAUAAUGUGACUCCUUCGGCUGCUUAUACGUAUGCCCCGGCAUAUAAGCGAUAUGGCCACAAGAUCAGUAACGUCCACUUUAUCGGGCCCAACAAGCCUUGGGCGAGUGUUGGCCACCGCCCUGCCGGAGUGUCCAACGUGCAAGGCAAAGAAAAGUCUUUUGACUACCCUUCACUUAUCGACCGCUGGUUCGCCGUGUACGACGCCCACAUCCGUCCCUCCUCCGCCCAACACCCCGAUAUCCGUCAACGCUUCGUCGUCCCCGAACAUAUCGCCAUCUGGAACCAAUCCCCCUCUUCUCCCAGCUUUCCUGCCGACGCCCCGGACAGGCUGGACUUGUCAGAGCUGAAAGCUGCGUCGACGCAAGGUGUUUUGGCGUUGAAGCCGGGGCAGUAUACGAGUUUACCGCUCGAGGGGCGGGUGGAUCUCAUCAUGCCGAAACCGCACCUCGAGCCCAAGCCCAAGCCUGCUUCUGUCACUCCUCCGGCAGAAGACCCUUCUGCGCUCAGUUCCCCGCCGAUUGAAGCUGCGCCUCCACCAGCUAGCAUCACCGUCCAAACCACCCAGCCAGCUGUAUGGGACGCCCAGCGCUCCUCCCCUCCGAAAGAAGCCAAACCCGAGAUGGCCGUUUCGCAUUCAUACUACCCCAACGCUUGGGAAUCAUCCCCCUCCCAACAAUCGAGCUACUACUCUCACUCUGAAAAGCACAUCGAGCCAGAUUAUCCCACCCUGCCGGCGAGUGUGGUGAAUGAUAGUUGGUACGCCCGGUUUAGUUCGAGUGUUCCGGAUAGGAAGCAGUUGGCGCCGGUUUUCCCUUGGGAAGAGAGGGGUCAUCCCCGGCCGCAAAGGGUUUUUCCGAAAGGGGAAGAACCAUUACCCCGUCUGGUACAAGGUCUUCGCCCACCGAGCAUAUCCAUCCAAAACCCUUCCCCGCCCACUUACCCCACCUCCUCUUCUUCCUCCUUGCCUACGGAGCAACGCAGCCCAAGCCCGCCUACGCGCAUCAAAUCGAUGCAAGAGUCCAUGGCAUCUUACAAGAAUGCAUGGGACGAGCUGCCCGAGAUUGGGCGGUAUAUGCAGCGUGUGGGCGGGGGGAAGGAAGUGCGAGGGGGGCAUGAGAGGGUAAGGUCUCUGGGUAGUGUGCCGGGUACGCCGAGGGGGGCGUUGGGGGGGUUCAAUCUCUUGCCUGUGGCUGGGACUGGGGUUGGAGGUGGGGGUGGAGGAGGGUCGGGAAGGAAGGGGAAGAAGAAGGAGGAUAGGAAAGGAUCGCAGGUGGGGUUGGAAGAUUCGGCAGACGGGGAUGAUGAAGUAUCGACGUCGGACGGGGAAGAUGCCACCCCCCCAUCUCAGGGACAGUACGCCAACAACGCGCGAUAUCGGGACCGAUGUGCCCAGACAGAUCGGGUGAGGCUGGUGGAUGAGAAGAUUGGGGUAGGGGAAGGAGCGGGGUUGGGGACGUCGCCUGUUGUUAGGACUUUGCCUCUUCCUUCACGAGGAGGAGGAGGGGAGGGGGGGGCGGUAGCGUUCCCUCGGCAUGGCGAGGUUUCCCUGACGUCGGGUGGUACGGCGCAAGGACCAGGACAGGGGCACAAGGCAGCACCCCAGCCAGCGUACAAUUUCGACCUCGCCCAAACCCAACGCCAACGUACUUCUCCACCAUCGUCUUCACUCGGCUUGGCAGGGUUUGGAGGGCCAUACUCUAGCUCGUCGGGUGGAUCGUCUUUCCCCAGCUCGGGGACUGGGAAUGGAAAUGGAAACAGGAAUGGGCGAACAGGCUCGACGAGGGUGUGGGAUCCGUCGACGGAUGUGGAUGCGAGGAGACGGGAUAGUCAGGAGGUGUUGCAGAGGUUUGUGAGGGCGGCUAUGGGUCAGGAAGAGGCGGGGCGGUAG